AUGCGCGACUAUUAUCACGGACGAUCCCCCGACCGAGGGCGGCAUCGAAACGACCACGACAACAUGGGAGCCUCGCGAGGCAGAGGCGGAGACCGAGAGGGCCAAGACCGGCAGGACGACCAUUACCGAUCGCGUCAUGGUAAAGACAUGAUCCGCGCCUUGUCUCCUACAAGGCACAACUUCUACGACGACCAACGGGAGAAAGCACCACAACGCCAUCACCAAGACCUGGGCAGCGGAAGGGAUUAUGAUUACCGCUACGACGGCCCAGAUGAUGAGUACAGAAGACGAGACCGGAGCCCCCGUCAUCGAUCAAGACAUUUGGAUGAUCGGGGUCAUUCAUACGAGGACAUGUACGACGAUGGGGGCCGUGAUGAAGGCAAGCAGCGGGGACGUUUUGACGACGACGAGCCCAGAGACAGCGGCGAGUAUUCUCACCGUGAUGGUCGUAGAGGGAGAUCCCGUAGCCCUUGCGGCAGGCAUUACAGAAGUCGGUCCCGGAGCAGGACGCGAGAUGCUGGGAAACCCACAGACACGGUAAUCCUCGAGGGACUGCCGUAUAGUAUAUCGUCUGCAGAGGUUCGCGACAGCCUUCUUGCCAACUCGAUUGCGGCUGAAUUUCCGUCCAUUGAUGUGAGACUUUCAUCUUCAAGAGGAAACCGACGAGCAUUUGUUCAGUUUGAAGACGUGGACCAAGCAACUGCUUUCGUUAAAGAGCAUUUCUCAAAAAUCCUUAUUGAACUCCAGCACUCGACUGAUGACGCACCAGACGGCAAGUUUGAAGCAUAUAUUCACUAUGCCCGCAAUCGCGAUGACGGUGACACCCGGCAGAUUCGGGCCGCCGACUGGAUUUGCCCACAAGUGUGUGCGGCCGAUGUCGCCGACGGUGCUGAAGCCGUGUCGCAGAUAUUGGUGGUAUAUCCGCUGGCAUCAUUCGUGACUGAAGACAUGCUUGCGAAAGACCUCAAACUCCUCGAAAAGUCAGAGGAACCAAAAAGCUCGACCAAUGGGCCAACCAAGUUAAAGUCAACUGCCCCAGGAGCCGAUGUCUCUCGCUACGGUGCGAGGCCGGAGUCGCUACACCGCGUGUUUCUCAUACGCGAGGUGACCUCGGGAGAGAGCUUCAAAUACGGGUUUGCCGAGUUCUGGACCCUUGAGGAUGCAGCUGCGGCAGUGACAAAGUUUCGCAUGUCUCGCUCAUUUACUGUUGCCGGCUGUGCUGUUACCGUUGCUCCGACACACAUGGGCGUAUUUCUACCCGAGGAGCGCGAAAUCGCGCCGAAUAUCGAACACAUGUCGUUUAAUCCGCUCUUCAACCCCUCUCUCCGAGUACGAUAUCGGGACAUGCACGUAUUUCCAAGCCAACUAGUCGUCACAUCCGAACCACCUGCCGACGUUAACCUCAACGCCGCCAAAUCCACCGAGGACGAACAGAACGACAAGAAGCAGAAGAAGCGCAAAGCCGAAGGGAGCCUAGCCGCGUCCGCAGCCAAAAAGUCGGUCCCCAUGGCAGGCCAAAUGGCAGUCUGGCAGAGGAAACACGACGAGCUCCGCGGCGUCGAAGAAGGCGACGACGCCUCAAACGGGCAACCCGACUCAACAACCAAGUCGGCUCCGAUCAAGAUUUCACUGUCAAACUCUACAAAACUCGGGGCUCCGUCGGCACCCCCAACAUCCGCAAGACACCCAUCGCCGCGCGCAAAAUCACCCACUGCCCAGGCCACCCCACCACCAAGCUCACCGCAGCACGUACCGGAAAGCACUACCCCGAAAGAAGAGACGUACAUGGACAGAGAAAGACUCAUGUGCCUCAUCUGCAUGCGCAAGUACAAGUCCAUCGACGAAGUCAACAUUCACGAAAAGUCGCGGAACCACAGAUCCGCCAUGGAAGACGGCGAGAAAGUCAAGGCGGCCCUCCCGCGGCUCGCCACGCGCGAUAAACGCCAGAAGCAGGAUCCGCAAGUAACUCAGUAUCGCGACCGGGCCAAGGAACGGCGUGACAUUUACAACCAACCCAAUCGACCCUCCCAGGCCCCCAAGCCCAAGUCUGAGUCGAAGAAAGCGCCCGAGGAACCGAAGCCCGCGGUCAAGGUUGCAUCCAAGGGAGCAGGGAUGCUUGCCAAGAUGGGCUGGACAACAGGCGUAGGCUUGGGGGCGAAUAAUGACGGCCGCACAGAGGCAAUUACUACGAAUGCGUACCAAGAAGGCGUGGGGUUGGGUGCCGAGGGCAGCAAUUUGGGUGAUGCGGCAGAGUUGGCGGAACGCAAGACCAAGGGCUCCUACUCGGAUUAUUUGACUACCGUGCAGGAUAAGGCGAGGGAGCGAUAUAGUCAGAUGAACUGA